AUGGCGCAGGCGCGGGAUGCGGCGUUCAACCCAUCCUCGCCUCACUCGUCGACCGGUGGUGCCGACUCGUACAAGAAUGAAGGCACUCCAGAUACCAAACUGACUGUCUUCUCUCCGGGGGACAACUCGGCCAGACCCAGCAAGUUGCUGGCUGCCCUCAACCUUAGCGGUCCCUUUGACUCUACCGGCCGCUUCGUCAAGCCUACCGAGGCCUUCAGCAGCGAUGUCUCGAUCACGUCGGAGAAAGAUCCCUUCAUCUCCAGCACGACCGUCCCUAAGAAAGAACAGAAACUCUCCCCCACGGCUUCCGCGUUCCGUCCUGUCUCUGUUCCUCUUCCUCUUGUUGCCCAUGGCUCAUUGAAUGGGCUGGCCGCGGCGAAUGUCGGCUUAGGGGCCAAUCGCCAGCUGUUCGCGCCUCAUGCGACUCCAACUGGCAGGUUCAGCCACGAGAUGGGCAUUUCUCGCUUCGUUGCUCUGUCCUCGUCGGCGUCCCGCCCCAUCACCGUCACCGAUGUUGAGGAUUACCUUGCGACGUUGGAGCGACUUGGCUCGCCGAGCCGGGGUAGACGCACCGCGACCUCCAUCCAGGGCAAGGUCUACCUUUGCUUUUCCAACAUCCGUGACGCCCGCGGUGCCCAUGAAAACGCCCGUUUUGGUUCUCCCGACUGGGUGGCUGAAUACAUCAAGGCGGCCGAGUACUACAAGAGCGAGCCGAUUUUGGAUGGCCAGUUGCAGAUCACGGCGUUUGCCCAAGCCAUUGGCGUUGGCAUCGCCCACGUUGAGACCGUGGUGCACACUUUUCUCGAGACGCAAGGCGAAAUCUUCGCGCUUCAGCGGCAGAGCGAGGCCAAUGAACAUGUUUUCCAAGCCGCGGUUGAGUUCUCUGAUGCCGACAUCGCCAUUUCUGUGGGCGUUAAUCUGAUCGUGACCCCGUGCCAUCCGAGUACCAUGACAACUGCUCUUCAGCCAGUCGAGGGCCCCAACUCCUUUCAAGACCGCCCUCAGAGCCCAGCUCAAGACAUCGCGGGCUUCGUUCAGGGUGCCGGAGUCUCAGAGCCCUCUCUGCCGGCCAACAUGAUUGUCCCUGCUGCUCGUCUUGGUCAACCUCCCGCCGGGAUCCCCGGUCCGCAGCAGUUCGCUGCGUAUCCCGUCCUCUAUCACGGCAUGCCAGCCACAGGAGCGAGCCGUUUUAUGCUCGAUCAAACUCCCACACGAGGCCAGAGUGUCGCCCCAAUGGUUCCAGUGUCUCCGAUCUCGGGAGGCUUUCCGCUCAUGGGCCCGCUGUUUACCACACCGCCGGCGACGCCGAUGGCAGUGCAUGGCGAGUACACGAACCCAAGAAGCAUUCAGCCUUAUGGACGCUUUGACAAUCGCCGCCAGAACGCCAUGCGAGUCCACAGGUCUCCGUACUACAACAAUGCAGGGCAUCACAACCACGUUGAUGUCAACCGCAUCCGGGAUGGCAUUGAUGUUCGAACCACGAUCAUGCUGCGGAAUAUUCCGAACAAGGUCGACCAGGCUAUGCUCAAGCGGAUUAUUGACGAGUCGAGCUGGGGCAAAUACGACUUCAUGUAUCUGCGCAUUGACUUUGCCAACGAUUGCAACGUUGGUUAUGCGUUCAUCAACUUCGUGGAUCCGUUGGACAUCAUCGACUUCGUGAAUGCGCGAGGCAAUCAGCGCUGGAAUUGCUUCAAGAGCGACAAGGUCGCAGAGAUCUCCUACGCCACGAUCCAAGGAAAGGAUUGUCUCGUCCAGAAGUUCCGCAACAGCUCCGUCAUGCUGGAGGCCCCCCAUUACCGGCCUAAACUCUACUACACGACCAAUGGUCCCAGACCUGACCUGGCCGGUCAGGAGGAAGAGUUCCCGGGGCCCGAUAAUCUUUCCAAGAUGAGGCGCAGCUGCGAGAAUGCUGAGCAUGUUGGCUUAUUCACGCCGAAUUCCGGCCAGCACUUCCGAGAUGAACAGCGUCGCCGUCGUUCCCAGUAG